UCCAAAUUCAGAAGUGGAUUCGAGAAGAGAUGCCUGAUACUAUACACCACUAUGAUGUAUGGCAUGUGGCUAAAGGUUUGCGAAAGAAGAUGGAGGCCUUGGCAAAAGAGAAAGACUGCAGCAUAGUUGGCAGAUGGGUCCGCAGUAUCUGCAAUCACCUCUGUUGGGCCGCAGCAUCCACUCCUGAUGGGAAUGGGGACGUCAUCAGAGACAAAUGGUUAUCUGUAGUAAACCACAUGCAGAAUAUUCAUCACGGCCAUGGGAAACACUUCCCCAACUGUCUACAUCCAGAUCUAGGCCAAGAUGACCAGAAGAGAAAAUGGUUGAAGUCAGGAUCCAAGGCCUGUGAAAAGCUCAGUCAACUCCUUGAGCAGCCUCGUCUUUUUGCGCGAUAUUAUGUGGAUCGCCUUUUAUCAAGAACCUGCCAGGAGGUUGGCAACGACCAAAAGAACUGCUGCACAAAGAACCUAAUUCCAGCACCCCUCACACACACAUUCAAGAGAUUAACAAAGGAAGAUGCCAUUGCCAGACACAAGACACGUUUCAGCAGACAGACUCUCAUGCCAUCAAUGAAACACAGUGACAGACACUGA